UCGCCACCGGUGGACGCAAGGAGGGAUGCGGACGCGAUCGCGGACGCGGGCGGCGGCGCAACGGCAGCAAUGCAAAGACGACCAACCUGUCAACAUCACCGUCAAUAUCCACAUCCAUGUCGCUCAGAACGUAGCGCACCAUACAUCUACUCAACCUCCACUUCCUCGGCCACGCUACUUCACGCGGCUCCAGCGCCAACGACUUGCCGCCAUGUCGUCUGCGGCAAACCUUCCAGCGCCAGAUAGCAUAUAUCUUCAGCCUGUCGUCAAGAAUACAAUGCAUGUCGACCAAAUUGUGGAGAAGACGUCAACGACACAGCGAAGGCCUGCCAUGGAGAACCCAAAAACGAAGCGGAGAAGAGUUGAUGUGGACGCGCUCCUGGCCGAGCUGACGUCGAUGUCUAUGGGAUCAAGUGCGCUUUCUCUCCAUCACUCCACGCUUCCAACGUCACCGAGAAACCCAUUCAGCUCAUUCACUUUCCAAGCACCGUCGACCCAGGACCUGGACCUCUACAUGGACCGAUGCCACGUCCAGCCGUCGCCAUCAUUCGACAUGUCUCUCGCGGUCUCGAACCUCCAGUUGGUACACUCAAGCAUUGACGACGAAGACGUGGACGCGGCGCUAUCGCGAUUCACAUCCAUGACGUUGCACGACCGUCCCGUCUCGGAGAGCCACUUUCUCCAUCACUUGCUGGAAAAGCGACUCAGCCUGCGUGGGAGCUAGGGCAUCGAGCAGUUGAACAGUAUUUAUAACGUAGACAUGCUUGGGAUGCCGCUGGUGGUUGAGACGUCCGUCCCUAUAAAGCACCUCCUCCACGCACCGACAGGGCGAGGCCACGUUGCCCAUCCACCUCGCCCAUCGCGGUCCGGCCUUGCUGUGUCCCGCUGCUUGGGAGCGCACGUCACACCAGCCGCGACAAGGCAAAUUGUGUAGAUACUGUACCAGGCUGACCACUGUGCGCGCCCGUGCACUGGGCCCUCCGUGCCGCCGGCACUCGGUGGGGGAUGCGCUUUCAGUCGACGCCAUCACGAGGGAAGCGUGGCCCUGUUGUACUAGCCGAUAACAAGCGCGCCAUCCAGCCCCCAGGACUCGCGGUCGUUGAGGAACUGACGCAAGAC